AUGUUGCCAGCCACAUUACUUUCGCUUUUCACCAUUCUAUUAUCGGGAUUGAUAACUACAGCAGAAGCGAGAAGAAAACUUUCGGCCACAUCCUUAGUCACUUGUAUGGAUAAUUCCCAGAUCUCGCCAAGUUAUUUCAACGUCACAUUCAAUCCCGACGAUAGAUCAUUGAAAUACUCACUUGAUUUAACUACAGACAUUAGUGCUUAUGUCAUUGGUCAUAUUCAAGUUUAUGCAUAUGGUUUCCUUAUCAUUGAGAAGGAUGUCGAUAUGUGCUCUUUAGGUUGGAAACAAUUCUGUCCUAUUUACCCUGGUACAAUGCAGGUUGAAUCCAUUCAAUAUAUCAGUUCUGAGUACACCAACCAGAUUCCAGGAAUUGCCUACCAGGUCCCUGAUAUUGACGCCGUCGUAAAGGUUAUUGUCAAAGAUAGAGACUCUGGGGAACAAUUGUCGUGUAUUCAAUCCUCCUUCUCCAACGGUAAAACAAUCAGUCAAACGGGGGUUAAAUGGGCCACCGCUUGUAUAGCUGGUUUGGGAUUGUUGGUGGCAGCUAUGUUGUCUACCUUUGGUAAUUCCAAUGCUGCAUCUCACAUCUCAGCUAACUCAAUGUCACUUUUCCUUUAUUUUCAAAGUGUCGUCGUUGUUUCCAUGCAAGCUGUUGAAAGAGUUCCUCCAAUUGCCAGUUCCUGGUCCGAAAAUUUAGCAUGGUCAAUGGGAUUGAUUCGUAUUCAGUUUAUGCAAGAUAUUUUCAGAUGGUACGUUCAGCUGACAGGUGGUACUCCAACAACUUACUUCAUUUCUAGUACUAAACAAAUAUUGGUGCAGAGACACAAGAGAUCAUUGGACUAUAUUUCUGGACUUGCUAAAAGAACAUUAGAUUACAGUUUGCGUUCGAAUCAAAACUUGAUUGUUUUGAGAGGGAUCAAAAGAAUUGGGUACAAUUCUCAUAUCGAACCAACAUCCAUCGUUGCAACUGGGUACACUUGGUUUGCAUUAAUUGGAUACUUGAUGGUUGUCUUGCUCGUAUUGAUCAAAUCAAUAGUGAUACUUUUGACACGUUUCAAGAAAAUAAAUCCUCGAAGCUUCAAUGUCUUCCGUGGCCAUUUCCACAAUGUCAUCAAGGGUUCAGUAUUAAGAUACGUCGCCAUUGGUUCAACACAAUUGGUGAUUUUUUCAUUAUGGGAAUUUACACAAGUUGAUUCCCCAGCACUUGUUGUUUUGGCUGUGUUGUUUAUUAUAUUAUUACUUGGGGUUUUGGUAUGGUCAUAUAUAAAUGUCUUGAAGAUUGGUAGAGAAUCAGCCAAGAAGUUUAACAAUCCUGCUGCUUUGUUGUUUGGUGAUAACAAGAUUUUAGACAGAUAUGGUUUCUGUUAUACCAUGUUCCACGCGGACAAAUACUGGUUUGGUGUCGUCCUCACGUCAUAUAAUGUAUUCAAGGGAAUAUUCAUUGCAUUUUGUCAAGGUAACAAUGGUAUAGGAGGUAAAGUUUCUGUUAUUCCAAUAUUUGUGGCCGAUUUGGCAUAUACGACUUUCUUGAUUUACACCGGUCCAUACUUAAACAAGCCUACCAAUAUUGUUAGUUAUUUGAUUGCGAUAGUGAACUGUAUCAACAGUUUCCUUUUCAUGUUUUUCAGUGAUCUUUUUGGCCAACCAGCUGCUGUUGGUUCUAUCAUGGGUUGGGUGUUUUUCAUUUUGAAUGCAGCAUUUAGUUUGGUUUUAUUGAUUUUAGUUUUAGUAUUUAUCGGAUUGUCGUUGACAUCCAAGAAUCCAGAUGCCCGAUUUGCUCCAGUUAAGGAUGAUAGAACUUCUUUCCAAAGAAAAUCAUCCGUCAAACAAAAACUGGACAAGCUUGUUGAUGGUGAAUUAGCUGAUUUGGGUAUUGCCGCACAAGAUCAUUCAGCAGAUUGGGAAAAGGUAUUAAAAGAUUGGACAUAG